GGGAUACGAUUAAACCGCUCGAAGCCCCCAAUUCUUUUUCAUUUCUGAAGAGGAGAAAUAAAAAAGCAAAGAGAGCAGUUGAAGGCGAAAAGGGAAGAAAAAACCGUCCUAAAAGCGUUGGUUUUAGUUACUUUUUCUAGGCCUGGUCGCUUACCCCCCUUCGGUGUCUGGCUGGCCUGAGGCCUCCGCUUCUCUUUCUCUUCUCUUCUCCAUCUUCCGUUUUUCUUCAACCUUCAGAUUUUUUUUUUCACCCUUCGAAUCAGACUUGGGAGCUUUUUUUGUUUUUCUCUCACCCCACAAGAAGACAACUCAUUCACUUAAUUCUUAAUCAUAUUUUAAUCAGUUAGGGCGUCAUGUCGGACACGACUCAAGUGGCCGGGAAAAGAAAGCGUGCCAGGACUCAGUCUUGCCCGCCUCCCGAGCUUCCCCAGCUUGUCGCGGAGCAGCAUGUUCCUAUCCCCACAUAUGACAAGGACACCCAGCGUCUGAUUGUCGUUCUCUCCAAUGCCAGCUUGGAGACCUACCGUGCUGCCCAUGGCGGUCGCAGCGGUCCCGGUCGGGAUGAGAAGUACUCGUUGCUUAACAGCGACGAGCAUAUCGGAGUGAUGCGCAAGAUGAACAGAGAUAUCAGUGAAGCUCGACCAGAUAUCACUCAUCAGUGUCUUCUUACUCUUCUCGAUUCUCCCGUCAACAAGGCCGGGAAGCUUCAAAUUUUCAUCCACACCGCCAAAGGUGUUUUGAUCGAAGUGAAUCCUUCCGUUCGCAUUCCCCGUACCUUCAAGCGUUUCGCCGGUUUGAUGGUCCAGCUUCUUCAUCGCCUUUCCAUCCGCUCCACCAACUCGCAGGAGAAGCUGCUCAAGGUCAUCAAGAACCCCAUUACCGAUCACCUGCCCCCCAACUGUCGCAAGGUGACCCUCAGUUUUGAGGCGCCCGUGGUGCGAACAAGGGACUACAUUGAGUCUUUGGGACCCAAGGAGAGCUGCUGUAUCUUUGUUGGAGCCAUGGCAAAGGGUCACGAUGACUUUGCCGACUCCUUCAAAGAUGACGCAAUCAGUAUCAGUAACUACAGCCUGAGUGCUAGUGUGGCAUGCAGCAAGUUCUGCCACGCGGCCGAGGAGGCGUGGGAUAUCCUUUGAUUCUGUAGUGCCCGGAGGCUCAACCCUC